AUGUCGUCGUACUUUUCCAGUUCAAGCACAGGCAGCAGCACCUACGCGAAUUCAAUGAGUACCGACUCAGAUACCUGGUCUCGUCAUAGUGCGAUGAUCCCACGUCAGCCGCCGAUAUAUGGGACCUCUGGCGAAUCUCCGGUGAUCUACCAGCCAAGCACAAAACCUUUUCCGUCCCCACCAAGGCUUGAACCAGGCUCGAUACACUCGCAAAUCCCAACGUCAAGGCCACCAAAACUUGCACCGCCUGAUUUUGACUUCUCUUUCCCUCGUGGGUCUAUCCCAGUGUCUUCACCGGGAACCAUGUCUCUCUCCCCAAGAGGACCCUUGCCACCCCCAACGCCAAUGUAUCGAGAGUUGAAUCACCCUGCUCGCCUCCCAGUCGACUCUCUUGCACGGGAUUACGGUUUUGAGAGGCCAUCUGAGAGUGCGGAGUACCUCAUUGAACGGAAAGGUCGCCGUACCGCAGACAAGUACAAAGGAACCGUUCGAUAUCACUCGCAGAGACGUUCCUCGAACCGUGACGAGUUUGAUGGACCUCAUCAGUUCCUAGACCCGCCCUCUCCGCAAGUGAUUGCGGAACAAGGACGAGAUUUACCCCAUCUUCCUACUAAUCUUGAUGUCUCAGAACAAGAUCGAAUCUUGGCCUCGGUGAACGACCGGCUUUCACAGUGUGCGUUUGAUUUCUUUGGGAAGUACCGAUUCCCCAUUCCGAUCGAGCCAGACAAGAGAGAGGUGAGGGUCCCAUCGGACCGUGAGUGGACUGAGUGGGUGUAUCUCCUCAGAAGGCUAGCCACAAAGCGCCGCAUACCCGCCAGGGUGCUCUACAAUGGACAGAUAAAACAACUAGUUACGGUGUUGGAGAAUUCUCUGGAAAUGAGACACGCUGCCAAGCACCAGUCACGACCCAUCAAGGAUGACCGAAAUGUCCUCCAGCUCAUCUCUGCCGGGACCCAAGUGGCUAAGAUCCUUAAAGAUGCCAGUGCCGUGGAAUAUCUUGACCGCCUCUAUUCGGAUACUGAGAAACGCAUCCAGGAAAGGCGUAGCCGCCGGGUCAAGUUUGCCACACCUUGA